GGGAUGGUCAAUAUUGUGCAUUCCAUACAAUGGCGAACGGGUUGGACACUACAAAACAACCUCUUACAUUUGCGCAAAGACAGGUUCUCCUAGCUCUACUUGUUCUUCAAGCUUCACGGACAUGCUCUUAUGUCUUCAUCUCUUUAAAUGCCGACAUAUACGGUAGAAGAAUCUUUCAGGUGUGCGAAGAGUCUCUCAGCUACUCCGCCGUGCCUGACAACCAAACUACCCGAUGGAAUAACGAAAUCACGGGCAAAGUGCUUCAACCCCCUGAAAACAUCAAGGUACAGCACGCAGAAGACUUGGAGCCGAAUAGUGAAAUCAACGUCGCAAAGGAAAUCCAAAGAGACGAGCAGGCCACGAUGAGGGAAACGUAUAGUGAAAUAAUGGCGUUAGAUGCGAAGACAAUCCAAGUUCAGCAAGAAACUAUUCUUUCCCAACAAAGUGUCAUUCGCUCUCAGCGAGACAUGAUCCGGCAGUUACAGGAUCUAAUAAUAGCACAGGAGGCACUAAUUCACGAUUGAGAAGAG